AUGGUGGAGAAUAGAGAGUGGACAUGGGAAUACAAACAAGCGCAAAAGGCCACAAUCAAUUGUGAGACUCACACUCCGCCAUCCCAUCUACCUACCCACGUCCGGAGUACUCCGUAUUCAUACGAUAGAUCCCUCGUAUUCCGAGGAAUAUGUCUGCAAUCGAGAAAGCACAAACGCACUCCCCCACCCCUAAAACCGAACGGGCAUGAUGCAACUCGGCUCGGCGCUGCACAUCUGCCGUCUUGCAUACCUGCAUGCAUGCGCUACGUCGUUGCGCAGUAUGCUAAGUCGCCGUUGGAGACGUAUAUUUCGAGCUUUUCGACUCUCGAGUCCGAGGUCAACAACUCAACUGCUCAACGGGGUGCAGGCCCUUUAAGCACUGUUAAGUAUACCUUGAAUACAGGGCAACGUGCAUAA